AAACAUUAUAAAUUUGGUAGCCUGCAGAAAAGAUGGUUAUUGAACACAAAAUCAAAGUGUCAAAAAUAAGAUUAAGGAGUUUCGUCCUUGCGCAUUUUUUUCAUAAAUAGUUUUAUCGUUUUCAAACGAUUUUAAAAGUAAUGCAGUGAGUAAUAGUUAUUAAGCCAGAAGUUUCAUUUUAAAUAUGAUUCUUCAGGAACCAAUACAGGCUACUGUUUGGCACUGUCUGAACCAUUAUCAAUUUUCAGACGCAGUAUUUUUAUCGGAGAGACUGCAUGCAGAAGUUGAGACAGAUGAUUCAUUGUUCCUAUUAGCUACAGCAUAUUAUAGAAGUGGUCAGAUCGAUCAUGCUUAUCAUAUUCUUAAAGAUAGAUGUAAUAGUUCACCACACUGUCGAUAUUUAUUUGGAAAAUGUGCAUUUCAAAAAGAAAAGUAUGCAGAAGUGGAAUCAGUAAUUUUAGACAGUUUUAGUACCAAGUGUAAAACUUUAGAAGACAUAGUUAUAGAAUUUGGUGAUCAAGCCGCAUUUGUUCUAAUUCUACUUGCCAAGACAGCUAUAAAAACAGAAAAAAGGGCAAAGGCAGCAGAAGCUCUUAAGCUGGCAUUAAAACUUAAUCCCUUUCUUUGGUCCUGUUUUAGUGAACUAUGUAAUUUAGGUGAAAAGCCUAAUGCAAGUGAAAUAUUCAAAUUGACAGGAUUAGAAAACUUAUCCACUUGCUACGGUAGUCACAUGAAAAACUUCGAAACUUUCGUACAUACUGCUAAUACGCCUUGUCAAGAAAUUACCUAUGCUACUCCACCCCAGCAAAUAUUUAACACUGUAAACAAUGUGCCCCCUAAUAUAAGCAACAACACGAAACUCCUUUCUCCUGAGGAGAGUCCUUUAGCCAACCCUCUUAUAAUGUCUGGUUGCAAUUUUUUGCCAGUCACGCGAGCGAAACCCUUAAAAUAUAGAUUACUUAAUUCGUCAUUAGCAUCUAGUCCUAGUUUUGGAAUGCUCCCCUUGGACAGCCCAGAAGUGAUUUUAGGAACGCCGCUUGUGUCCCAAGCCACACUUACAGAAUCAAACGAUCAACACAAAUCUCUAGCGAAAAAGGUCAGAGCUCAUAUGGGGCAAUUAAUUAAUAGAAAAGAGACCCCUUUACAAAACAAUAAACCAGUCUUUAGUCAGUCAAGUAACACGAACACGAUCUCAGUAACUCCCAGCACUCCAGCUUCUGUAAACAAUUUACAACCAAUUCAGAAUGUUCGACGAAGUUCGCGAUUGUUCUCAAACUGUUCAGUAAAAGAGAACAAUAAGUCGCCAAACAGAUCCAAGUUUGCAACCCCACGUUCACCCACGAAGAAAACCAAACAGCGGAUAGCAAAAUGUAACUUGAAUAAAACCUCUACUUUUGCAGAAAAUACUAAAAAUCGACUUGAAAAGGAAAAGUCGGAAACCAUAACGUCGAAUAACAACUACAGUGCAAUAUUAGGCCAAAAUCACCAGAGUAACACGAAUUGUACCCAGCAAAUAACUGCGAUUCAGAAACAGAGCGCUGAAGGACUGAUGAAUCUGUUAAGACAAUUGGGCAAAGCGCAUCUCGAUUUGUCGCUAUUUAAUUGCAAAAACGCAAUCGAAGAAUUACUAUCCCUUCCACCAAAUCAGUUUGAAACCACUUGGGUGUAUGGCAUGUUAGGUUUAGCUUAUUUUGAAAUGGCUGAUUACGAGAAUUCUGUAAAAUACUUUGGAGAAAUUCGAAAUCGAGAGCCACAUAGCUUCCAAUUUAUGGACGUAUAUUCUACAGCUCUGUGGCACUUGCAAAAAGAAGUUGCCUUAUCUGCUUUGGCUCAGGAUCUUGUCAGUAUAAACAAAAACUCUCCAAUUACUUGGUGUGUUAAUGGAAAUUGUUUUUCACUACACAAAGAACAUGAUACAGCUAUAAAAUUUUUCCAAAGAGCGGUCCAAGUAGAGCCUGCUUUCGCCUACGCAUACACCUUAUUGGGACACGAAUAUAUUAUGACCGAUGAACUGGAUAAGGCAAUGAGUUGUUUCAGAAAUGCGAUCAGAAUCAAUCCGCGACAUUACAAUGCGUGGUUUGGCAUCGGAACGAUUUAUUCUAAGCAGGAGCGCUACCAUUUGGCCGAGGUUAAUUAUUUGGGAGCGCUUGCAAUUAACCCAAACAGUUCUGUUCUCAUGUGCCAUUUGGGCAUCGUUCAAAAUGCUCUUAAAAAAACUGACAAAGCACUAAAUACUCUAAAUCUAGCUAUUAACAAAGACCCAAAGAAUCCGCUUUGUAAGUUCCAUAGAGGAUCCAUUUAUUUCAGCAUUGGUAGGUAUGCAGAAGCACUGAAAGAACUCGAGGAACUCAAAGAAAUCGUACCUAAGGAAUCUCUAGUUUACUAUUUAACAGGAAAAGUGCAUAAAAAGCUUGGAAACACAGACCUAGCGUUAAUGCAUUUCAGUUGGGCGACCGAUUUGGACCCAAAAGGGGCCAAUAGUCAGAUUAAAGAAGCGUUUGAUCCUUCCUUCGGUCGAAGUACUACUGAGAUGGAAUCACCGGCUUCUCCUACAAGAGAAGAAAGUAAUUCCGGAGAACAGCAACUUCAGUUUUUCGAGCUCCCUGAAGAAAGUGAUGACAGUCUGUGAAUAAAUGAGGAUAUCAUCUCAAAUUUUUAAUAUCCUGUAUCGCCGGUUGAUUAUGAAAUAAGAAUUUUGUUCGAAUUGUAAAACAAAACGCGCGAUUAUUGUAUUAAAUAAUAAUAAUAAUGUGCCGUUUUGACCAGGAUUAUGAAUGAAUUGUAUCAUCGCCCUGUAUAGAAAAUCGCAAGUGUUGGAUAAUUUAUAUAUAUAGAACCUCCUCUUUAAUUUUGUCGUCCAGUAUUUAAUCGGUACGAGUAUUUAUUCUUUGUUCAGUUUAAUAAAUAGCUGCAGACAAUGAC